UUUAUUACGUAUUUAAUACAUCAAAAUCAAUAUGUAUACUUUCGAAACUUUUAUUUCAAUCCAGGUUGAAACUACCAACAAGCUCUCGAAAUUAUUCUUCUACAUGAGCAAUUUUAUGUACUAUAUAAUAUAAUGUAACCGUUUCUCAAUCAAUUAAUUUACACAUGAAAUCAUUCUAUCUAAUCUAGAAGGAUGUAUAACUUGUCCUCGGUCAAUGCUGAAAACAAACUAUAGCGCCGCUCAGGCACGAUGUAGACCUAAAUCAGCGAAUAUCCUCUUUGAAGGAGAAACCUGUCGGAAUCUCGGUCAAUUCGAAUCACUGUGUAACGAAUACACAAUUUCUAGUGUAAUUCAAGAACUAACGGUUCACACGGUAUUCGCGAUUGUACUAAAAGCAAAAACGAAUCGAUGAUCCACGACAACGUAAUUUUAUUGAAUAGCUUUCUAAGAAUCAAUGGGAAAAGCCCGGGCCCACAAAUAGAGGUAUGUCUUGGAGAUACUAUAGAAGUGAUUUUAUACAACAGAUUAGGGUCCGAGGAAUUAUCUUUUCAUUGGCAUGGUAUACGACAAAGGAAUUCGGCUCAUAUGGAUGGUGUUCCGAUGGUCACACAAUGUCCUAUUUUGCCAUUUGGGGGUUUUCGAUAUAAACUAAAACCGGAAAAUGUUGGUACAUACAUUUAUUAUGCACACAUAGUUUCACAGCAGGCCGACGGCGUAUACGGGUCGUUGACAGUUCGAGGACCACAAGAUGACCCUAGCUUGGAAAGGAUACUUCUCUUGUCAUCAAGGCCGCCAACUCCUCUGUCGCGACACUCGCACCUACACCCACCUACGCCUAGUGAACUUCUCUUAAAUGGCCAGAAUAACGGAUCUAUCUUGCAAGUCCAUUAUGGAAGGAAAUAUUUAUUGCGACUUAUUAACGCCAACGCGUACAAUUGCCCUAUACUAUUAUCCAUCUCUGGCCACGAUUUUCGCGUCUUGGCUGCCGAUGGGAACCCGGUUGAACCGACGGUGGGCAGACACAUCUUUCUCUUUCCAGGUGAGAGAUUUGACAUAAUUCUCGAAGCAAAUCAACCUCCUGGGAAAUACCUCAUUGAUAUAAAGGGCCAUCGGGACUGUCAAAACCUUCAUCAGGAAGCUUUCAUCCUUUAUGAUGAUGUAAAACCGGAGUCCGCUAUAAUCAAGGACGAAAAACUAUCGAAAAUCAAUGACUAUGCAAUUACGAACAAGGGCCACGAUUGUCAUGAAAUAUCGAGGAACUUCAUUUGUGGUUUGGAUUUAAAAGGAUCGAGAAGGGUCGAGAUUAACUCAGACGAAAUUAUUUAUGUUCCAUUCGACGUGAAUGCUUUUUCCUAUUUCACGGAUGAAAUGUCUGACUACAGAUAUAAUUUUUACGGAUGCCCUUUCUAUCCAUCAGAUCUAAGUGUGAGUAAAGAAGGAGCAAGGGUUGCACAAAUUAAUCGUAUAUCGUUUAAAUAUCCCAUGUCUCCGUUAUUGUCUCAACCGGAAAAUGUACCAGAGGAAUCGAUUUGCUCUUUCGAAACGCGUUCAGAUGAGUGUGCUGACACGCCAUUGUUUUGUGAAUGUAUUCACAUGAUCGAAGUUCCACCUAGGAAAAAUGUCGAUAUUAUUUUAAUAGAUGAAGGUUAUGGCGGAAAUGUCUCCCAUACGUUUCACGUACAUGGCUAUAACGCGAGUGUCCUAGGAAAAAGUAGUUUCGAACGAGCAAUUACCAAAGAAGAAAUUAUCAUGUUGGAUCGUAACAAACAGCUAGAUCGUAAUUUUUUAAAUCCACCCCAGAAGGACAGUUUCGUUGUACCAAAUAAAGGAUACGUUAUUCUUCGUCUUUUUACUGAUAAUUUAGGAUAUUGGAUGUGGGAAGCAAGAAGCACGGCAAUAUCAUCAGGAAUAUCUGGACCUGUUAUGCAAUUUUUGUUAAAAGUAGGAACUCGUGAAAGCUUCUUACCCGUUCCUUUGGACUUCCCUACCUGUGGAAGUAAUAAACAUCCGGACAUGGUAUUCGAAACCAACUAAUUUAGUGUAUAGACUGUAAUUUAUUAUAUUAUCAUAUAUUCAUUUUACAUUCUGCUAUUUAUUUCAAGUCAAUUAAUCAUAUUAAUUUAACGUUGUACCAUAAAGAAUCUUUAUUCACAUAAAGAAAGAGAAUCUUUUAAAAGAUCAAUAUUUUUCUAAAAAAGCAAUUUAUGACUUAUAUUGUGAAGAAUAGAAACGAAUAAAAUAGUAGAUUCUAGAAUGUAA